AUGGGUCCAUUCCGAGGAGGACGUGGAGAUUCUAGAGGAGGAGGAGGCGGUCGUGGUCGUGGAGGUGGUGGUGGAAAUUUCCGAGGCCGUGGCGGUGGUGGCGGUCGAGGUGGAGGAGGUGGUGGUAGAUUCAAUCGAGAACCUGAAGGUCCACCUGAUACUGUCGUUGAACUUGGAUCCUAUUCACAUGCAUGUGAAAGUCAACUUGUAUGCAAAGCAACAAAUGAUAUGAUUCCAUAUUUUAAUGCUGGUAUUUUUCUUGAAAAUAAAAAACAAAUUGGUAAAGUCGAUGAAAUACUUGGUCCAAUGAAACAAUAUUGGUUUUCUAUAACACUCUUGGAAAAUAUGAAUCCAAGUUCAUUCAAAAAAAAUGAAAAACUUUUCAUCGAUCCGAAUAAAUUAUUGCCAUUGGCUCGAUUUUUACCAAGACCACCAGGAUCAAAACCAACAGGUGGUGGUGGACGAGGAGGACGAGGUGGUGGCGGCGGUAGAGGUGGUUUUCAACGUGGUGGCCGAGGUGGUGGCGGUGGUGGAUUUCGAGGUCGAGGCGGUGGCCGAGGUGGUGGCGGUGAUGGAUUUCGAGGUCGAGGCGGUGGCCGAGGUGGUGGCGGAUUUCGUGGUGGUCGAGGACGUGGAAACUAA